UCGUUACUGAAUGGAGCGGCUUCCGAAAUUUUCUUUCUGAUAGAGUGAAAAAUUUGGAAACAAAUAGGAAAUUGAUAUUGUUUGGAUUGUGUCUAGCGUUUAAUCUCAUUAAAUUCGGAUAAUUGAAGUCGCGAGUAAGAUGAAAGUACGGGAAUUGUGUUUACUUUUGAUUUGUUCUGUGGCGCCUUUGGUCAAAGUUGCAAGCGGUCAAUAUGAUAUAAAUAUAGGACUGCUCUAUGAGGAUAAUAAUCCUUUAAUAGCGAAAAUAUUUGAUCAAGCAAUUGAGUCAGCAAAUUCAGAAUUGCUUCAGAAUACGAAUCGUUUGGUUGGCAGAACGGCUGAAAUUACCUACGGGAAUGCAUUCGAUGCGUCGAGGAAGCUGUGCAAAAUGAUGUCGGAGGGGGUGGCUGCAAUCUUUGGCCCCAUAUCCCGUGGCCCGUCGACACACGCGAUGAGCUUGACGGACGAGAAGGAGAUUCUAUUCAUCGAUACACAAUGGGAUGAUAACGUGAGACAAACCACCAUAAAUCUUCAUCCUGAUCCUAAAACACUUGUCUUGGUGCUACGUGACUUGGUCGAAGCGUACGAAUGGGAGGAAUUCACAAUACUUUAUGAGUCUGGUCCUUAUUUACCGGUUCUGGAUGAUUUGUUGAUCAUUUUCGAGAAAUUCGGUCAUCCAAUCACGGUGCGACGUUAUGACUUGAAUUUAAGUGGAAAUUAUCGAAAUGUGCUGCGGAAAAUUAGACAGUCGCCUGAUUAUAGGAUUAUAAUCGUUGGAUCCGUUGAGACUCUUCCGGAGCUACUGAAACAGGCACAACAAGUUGGUCUCAUCACCCAUCAGUACCAAUACAUAAUUGUGAACCUGGACUUCCAUACCCUUGACCUGGAGCCAUACCAAUACAGUGAGAGUAACAUCACAGGAAUUCGCAUCUUUAAUCCGGAAGACGUUCGUGUACAACAACUGUCGGCACAAAUAACAGAGGAAGACGAUGUCUUCGCCUAUGCUGAGGAAGAGGACACCGAAAUGGAAGCUGUGAAAUCCCAAGUUACAACGGCGAUGGCUCUGAUGUACGAUGCAGUCUAUCUCUUGGCGGAGACAUUUCGUCACGUCGGAAAUUUAGAACUUUUUCAACCCGAAUCCUUGGCCUGUGAGGAUUCAAGUACUUGGGCGUCGGGGCUGACGUUAUUCAAUUAUAUGAAAACUACCACUUAUAGAGGUAUCACUGGUGAAAUCAAAUUCGAUCAUCAUGGAUUGCGGACUGACUUCACGUUGGAUAUUAUUGAGCUGACUACAGCUGGCGUUGUGAAGACUGGCACGUGGAAUUGGAAUCCGAAUGGAAAUAAUAGCCUUCACUUUGAACGGGAGCAUCACACAUUCAUACCGGAAAAUGUUGACUUGUUGUUCGCAAACAAAACAUUUGUUGUGGUCACCGCAAUAAGCGCGCCGUACGGUAUGCUGAAGGAAACGGAUGUACCUCUCAGUGGGAAUGAUCAAUACGAAGGAUUCGGGAUAGACCUUAUUCAUGAGUUAUCCGUGAUGUUAGGAUUCAAUUACACCUUCAAGAUGAGAGAAGAUAAAAAUUACGGUACUUGUGAUAACAUAACGAAAAUGUGCACGGGGAUGCUGGGGGACGUGACGGCCGGGAGAGCAGAUCUUGCCAUCACGGAUUUAACUAUGACCUCCGAUCGCGAGCCCGGGGUGGAUUUCACAAUGCCAUUCAUGAACUUAGGAAUUUCCAUUCUCUAUCGGAAGCCCACCAAGGAAGCGCCGGACUUUUUCUCCUUCAUGUCACCACUCUCGACGGAAGUUUGGAUUUAUUUGGGGUUAGCUUAUCUGACGGUGUCAUUAAGUUUAUUCAUACUAGGACGCUUAUCGCCUGCCGAAUGGGAUAAUCCCUAUCCUUGCGUGGAGGAACCGACAGUAUUGGAAAAUCAAUUCAGCUUGAACAAUGCCAUGUGGUUUACAAUUGGUGCGGUACUUCAGCAGGGCUCGGAAAUUGCUCCAAAGGCACCUUCUACAAGGACUGUGGCGUCCAUUUGGUGGUUCUUUACCCUGAUUAUGGUCUCCUCGUACACUGCUAAUUUGGCUGCCUUUUUGACUAUCGAAUCGCUAUCAAGUCCUAUUAAUAGUGCCGAAGACCUGGCCAAUAAUGUUGGCGGUGUUACUUAUGGUGCAAAGAGUGGUGGAAGUACAUUUAAUUUUUUCAAGGGCUCCCAACAUGAAGUCUAUAAAAAAAUGUAUGAAUACAUGGCAGCACAUCCUGGCAUGAUGACAAGUUCCAAUGAGGAAGGAGUAGACAAGGCUGAAAAUGAAAAUUACGCUUUUUUGAUGGAAUCCACUUCGAUUGAGUACAAUGUCGAGCGAAAAUGUAAGCUCACACAAAUUGGAAACCUGCUCGAUGAAAAAGGCUACGGAAUUGCUAUGCGGAAGAAUUCUCCGUACCGGAAUGAAUUGAGUCAGGCCAUCCUGAAUUUGCAGGAGCAAGGCGUGCUAUCUAAAAUGAAGACCAAGUGGUGGAAGGAGAAGCGAGGCGGCGGAGCCUGCUCGCAAAAAACAGAGAGCGACAGUGCCGAGGAGCUUGGUAUGCCCAACUUGGGCGGUAUCUAUUGUGUCCUUAUUGUUGGCAGUUUUCUUGGGAGCAUUUAUGGAAUCGUUGAAUGGUUCUGCGUGAUUUACCGUCGAGCACGUCGCUUCCGAGUACCACUUAAAGAGGAACUUUUGGAAGAACUCAAGUUCGUGAUGCGAUGUUCCGGCAACACAAAAGAAGUAAAACACCGGAAAAGUUCAAUGCGGAGCUCUCGAAAUUCAUCGCUUACUCUGGAAUCGAUUGGGACGGAAAAUAGUGAAGGGGCUAAUUUGCAUAAUGACGACGACUCCUGAUUCACGGCAUUUUGGGAUUGGACGUUUUGCAUUAGUCAAGCAAUGAAUUCAGAAGAUUUUUCAGCACUUUAUGUUUAUUCAGAUAAUAAAAAAUUCAAAAGUGA